AUGGUUUGGUGCGCCGCCUGGAGCGCGGACCCGGUGAUGGCGGACUCCCUGGACGCGGAGACGAAGAUCAAGAGCCUGCAGAGCAGCUGCGCGGACGGCCGAGGCAAUCAAUGCGGCACGUUCUGGGUUUAUGAUCUCGAUGACAUCGAUGAUGCUGAUGCCGACGGCGUCUCCAGUCAGGCGGACUACGACGACAUCUACAAGUGGAAGUUCAAUCAGGAUGUGGACAUCAUUGUAUCCGGGCUGACAGAAGAGACGGACUACCCCUUCAUCUACUGCUUCGCCCAGGAUGAUGAGGUCCCGGCCAACAAGAUGAUCUUCAACGGCGGCGGGGAGCUGGGUCCCAGCAACAUCUACAGCAUGCAGCAGGAGAUCGGAACGGUGCAGACCUUGGACGAGUCGCCGCCCGUCUUCGACCUGCUGCAGAUCGCAGACCCCACGGCGCUGAACGACCGGAUUGUGGUCACCUUCAAGCUCAACGAGGCUGGCACUGCAUACUGCCGCACCAAGAGGAGCGAUUCGGCAGAGCCCACACUGCACAUCAACCAAAUCCUGUCGGCGGACUUCUCGCAGGAGAUCAUCGACCCAGUGACGGAGACGGGUACCAUUACCAUCACCAGCUUGGAACGGCGAGAUCCCACCAGCAUCAUCUACGAAGCCUCGCAGUAUGACAUCUACUGCUGGGCCAAGGAUAGCGCGGUGGAUACCCAUGGCUUUGCGCGGCCCAACUACAUGUCUCAGAGCUAUGUCGAAACUCCCGUGGGCGUCAACGUCAAUGCCCCUGCUGGAGGCCUCACGCAGAACGUUUGGGUCACAGACUCCACAGCUCCCUCCAUCAUCGUGGUGGCCCGCGAGGCCCUGGGGGAGUCCAUCAUCCAAGUCACGCUGCAGCUCAGCGAGCCGGGCACUGUGUGGUGCCAGGUGGCCGAUCAGGAUGCCUCCGCGUUCGCGGGGCGCUACUGCCAGAACAGCGCCAUCGACUGGCUGACGAGCUCGGACCCCUGCUACUACGAGACCUGGAUUCAAGGAGUUGAUCGCGGCACGGCGGACUCCACUCGCUUCAUGGCGGAGGUCCACACGCCUUACCAGGACUUCGAUAUUGACAUGACUCGCAUCGAAAAGAUCACGGCUACAGUGGCUGGAGAGGCCAUGGUGGGAAAUUACUUCUACUACGUGUGGUGCUUCGCGCAGGACGAUUGGGUGAAUCAGGCGCCGUCCCCGGCUCCCUCACCCUCGUUUGUGGCACCCACGCUCCCCAACAAGGUGGACCAAGCGCACAUGACGGCGGUGAACCUGGCCAUCGGGCAGGUCACCACUCUGGAUCAGACAUCGCCGGUCUUCACGGGCUCUCCAGUCAGCACUGCGAUCUCGGAGACGUCAUUGCGCAUCACACUGACCCUGGACGAGACAGGCGUGAUUUGGUGUAUGCCGGUGCGCACCGGCUUUGCGGAGCCCAGCAUCAAUGAGAUCCUCCAGAACAACGAGUUCAACAGCGCCUGCGGCACCACGGCGUGCGCGGUGACGAUGGCCGGCCUUGAUGCCAAGACCCAGUACGACAUCUGGUGCUAUGCGGAGGACGACAACGUCUACCCACAGAUCCCCAAUGGCCAGAAGUUCACGGCCGGCGAGGUCGUGACCCUCAGCACCCUGGACACCACGCCGCCGGUGCUCACCAUCGUCUCGGCCGAGAGCCCCAUCAGCACGGACAUCCGCAUCAAGGUGAAGCUGGACGAGCCGGGCACCGUGUGGUGCAACUCUUUCCAGACAGGCACGGGCUACGGAACUCCCAACUUCGCAGCGGUCUCCGGUGGCGGGUUCCGGGGUUACGUGGGCUUUUCCGGCCUGUCGCCCAAUAGCCCCAUCAACACCAACGUGGAGGUCGUGGUCACCGGUUUGGCGGAGCUCACGGACUAUGAUACGUACUGCGCUGCAGAAGAUGCGUCGACUUUGCCCUCUGUCAACUACAUGGCGCAGGCGGACAUUCUGAACACGGCGCCUCUUGUGGGUCAGAUCACCACGCUGGACCAAUCCCCUCCCGUCUUCACGGAGCUUGGUGCCAAGGGCACCACCGAGAACAACAUCCAGAUCACCUUCAAGUGCAACGAGGCUUGCCGGGGCUACUGCCGCGUCACCCGCAGCGACUCGGGGGAGACGAGCCUCAGCAUCAACCGCAUUCUGAAGGCCGACUACUACGCGGACCAGCUGGGCGAUGCGUCGGCCUCCGCCACCAUCGAUGUGUCGCGCCUGGAGGACGAUGCCAGCCUCGCGCUGCUGGAGAGAGCCACACUCUAUGACGUCUACUGUUGGAGCCGGGACGAAGCGGUGCAGCAUUCCUGCUAUGCGCAGGCGCCCAGUGCAUCAUGCACUACCUACCCGCGCAGGAACUACCAGGCGCAGAGCUACGUGGACACGGCCUUCGGCGGCACACCGCCGGCUACGGUCACCAACGUCGCGGGCCUGCCCGGAGGGAAAAUUCUGCACGUUCGUACCCCGGACAUCACACCUCCCACCAUCAUCUUUGUGGAAGCGGAGUCCACGCAAGAGUCCUCCAUCACUGUGACGCUGCAGCUGGAUGAGCCUGGCACCGCGUACUGCAAAGCGUACACCUCAGUGCAGACGGUGGAUGCAGCCCUCUACACCGCUCUCACCACCGCACCGCUCUACAAGAACACCAUCACCAACUGGAACAACAUCUACAAGAACUUCGACAUCACCGUGUCAGGGCUGACCAUGGAGACGAAGUACUACGUCUACUGCGCCGCGGAGGACGACGAGCUGGUGGAGGGGGCCACCACCAUCGACCCGGCGCCCACCCAGACGCGCCACAGCCUUGGCAAUCCCUCCAAGUGA